AAGUAAUUUGUGACAAAGAUCAAGUUCUAGGGUUUCAUAUGUAAUUGUCGCAAUCUCUUGUUCAAAACAAAUUUUGUGAAUUCGCGAUAUGAACAGGGGAUAUCCUGCGCAAUCUAGGGUUUUCUCUGUCAUUACUAAUCAGCAACACUCUUCAGAAAAAAUGUAAUCAGCAACAGCCCAAAUCGGAAAUCGAGCAGGUACCAAAUCGGAAAUCGAGCAGGAAUCUUAGGAAUGUUGCUCAGAACAGUCUUCACUCUAAAGAGGAGUGUGAAUUUGGGUUUCCUGUUGGUAAUGAGAAGAUCUGUUUCAGUUUCAAGCAUAGCUGCAAUAGAUGUGGCUGCUAAAGAUGGGGAACUCAGGGUCUUUGUAGUUGCAGGAGAGGUUUCUGGGGACACUAUUGGUUCCCGUCUCAUGGCUUCUAUGAGAAAGCUCUCUCCAUUUCCUGUCCAUUUUGCUGGUGUGGGCGGGUCUAUGAUGUCGGACCAAGGGUUAAAAUCUCUGUUCCCAAUGGAAGAUAUUGCGGUAAUGGGGAUCUGGGAGUUGUUGCCGCAUUUGAACAAGUUCAGAGUUAAGUUGAAGGAAACAGCACAGGCGGCCCUUUUGUUCCGGCCUCACGUUGUGGUUACUGUGGACUCCAAGGGGUUCUCCUUUCGUCUCCUAAAGCAGCUGCGCGCUAAAUACAGUCAGCAGGGAUUGGUUAGUCCUCCACACUUUCACUAUGUAGCGCCGUCUUUUUGGGCAUGGAAAGGGGGUGAAGCAAGGCUCAAAGGGCUAUCUGAGUUCGUGGAUCAUGUCUUGUGCAUACUACCUUUUGAGGCAGAAGUUUGUAAAUUGAAUGGACUUGCUGCGACCUUUGUGGGCCACCCCAUACUUGAAGAUGUUUUGGAGUUGAAUUUGGGGAAGAAUAAUGUAGAAAACGGAUGGAAGGUGCAAGGAAGUUCUGACAAAUUUCAAAGUAAACAUGAAAUAUCUUCAGGAGCCACAAUUAUUUCCUUGCUUCCUGGAAGCAGAUUACAAGAGGUAAACCGCAUGCUUCCAAUCUUCUUCAGCGCUAUGAAGCUCUUAAAAGACUGUUUCUCAGAGUUGAUUAUGGUGAUCCAUGUGGCACCAAAUAAGCACGUGGAAGACUAUAUCAACAGAGUUGUCCAUAAGUGCCCUAUACCUGUGAUUCUGAUUCCAGGAGGAUCACCUCACAUGAAGUAUUAUGCGCUAAGUGCAAGCAAGGUUGCUUUAUGUACUUCUGGGACAGUCGCUGUGGAGAUGCAACUCGCACAGUUGCCAUGUGUUGUUGCUUAUCGAGCCCAUGUUCUGACUGAAUGGUUGAUACGUUAUAAAGCAAAAGUACCAUACAUCUCCCUUCCCAAUAUUCUUCUGGAUUCAUCUGUAAUUCCUGAAGCUCUCUUUCAAGCAUGUACCCCUACAAAACUGGCAUCAUUGCUCAUGGAUCUAAUAGAGAAUGAAGCUCUUCGAGAAGAACAAAUUGUGGCUGCUGAAAAGGUUAUUGAACUGCUACGCCCAUCAGAAAGAACCAUUUGCAAUCCAUCACCAGAGGAACUCGAACCCAUGUUGCCCGAUCACACCCCAAGUAUGAUUGCCGCAUUUACUGUUCUAUACUCCAGUAGGACAUAAUUACUAGAUUUUCAUAAAUCGUGAUAUCUAUCUAAACCAUCUCCCGGCUGUUUUGUAGUCAUUUUUGUUACAAAUGGGACCUUUUUAUUGAGCUUUAGGGUUGUCAAAAUAUUGGUGGAUAAUGUCACGUAUUGUUCAAAGAAAA